CCCACCCCGAAAACCACAACCAUGUAUUUCACAUCCAGUACCGAGUGGUACGAGCAAGCCUCCCUACUCUUGAAAGCUAGACCGAGCACUGCUCGCAUAACAUCAAAAUACACCGUCCUCAAACCCACAUCGUCCAAGAUCCGCAAACGACAAAAAUACGCCUCAAAACGUGCACACUCAACGUCCGCCGGUGAUGCCGGUAAUCCCACUACUACCCCGCAACCACCAGCAGAGCAAGAUGCCCAAGCCCCGUCCGCAACCUUCACCCUCAAGGCGUACGACCCCGUCUCUGGAUGCUGUCUGAAAUAUGAGACGAACAAGGCCGCCGAAGUCGGGAGGUUGAUCGCGUCGCUGGGGAGGUUGGGGAAACACAUGGCUGCCAUGAAGGAGGUCACGACGGACUUUAGCGUGCCGGCUGGGAAUGCGGGGAUCGAGACGCCGGCGGGUGGGGAUAGCGAUGUACCGAUGGUCGACGUUGGGGCCAAGGGAGAGAGCAGAGGGGAUGUGCCGCAGAAAGCUGCGACAGGCGGGGGUGGAGGGAAGAAGAAAAAGAAGGGGAAAAAAUGAGAGUGCAGGAGACGAGGGAGCGUUCAUGACGCAUGUCUAUAACGGGGCAAAAGCAUUCGAAAGCUCUUGCAAUCACGGUCUUGACUUCCAUGUUGCAAGGCCGGUACGGGAGCAGUGGUCAUCGAACAAGUGCCACCUCAGCCGCCAUCGGCCCCUCAGGUGACGCCGUUGCAUAGCGAGGGGACGAAGAGCCGAGUGCGGAUCUGCACAUUGUAGAGUACUCUAAGGGAUGCUAUAGAUUUAGUGCUUCAGCAGCACUAAAUUGACGAUUACUUGUGUUCAUGCC